AAAAGGAGUGGGAGCAUGGAAAGUUGACAAGAGAAGUGAAAAGGAAAGAAAGAUGGGAAGAUACACAUACCACGUAGAAACGGUUCAGUCAUGGUUGCUUCUCACUAGACUUCACAUACUCAUCCACCUCCUCGCCGUCGUUUCUCUCUGUUACUACCGCAUAUCCCACCUCCUCCACCAACCACCAACCGCCCCAUGGAUACUCAUCACCCUCGCCGAGCUUCUUUUACCCCAAAACGCCAUGUUUCUUAGGGUGUGCCCCCACUGACAUCAAAGAAGGCAUGAUUCAAUUGGUUAAAUGGUUGUCUGAACUUCUCUUGUUUGGUUUCUCCAAAUACAGUCCUUUCACUUAUGGAUUUUCUAGCAUGUCUAUAAUUCAUUCCUUCACUUAUGGCUUGAUAGCAAUGUCAUCUCUCUAUGCCUUUUUCUUCAUCCUAUAUGGCAUUGUACCUCAACUAUGCCUCCUCAAAGGAAUCCCCGUCUUUCCAAAGGUGACAGACCCUUGGUUUGCAGUGUUUGCAUUUGUGUAUGUAUCCACUCAGGUUCAACAUCUGAUCGAAGUUCUUUCCGGGGAAGGGACUAUAGAAAUGUGGUGGGAUGAACAAAGAAUUUGGAUUCUGAAAUCAGUCACAAGCAUAUUUGCAGUACUAGAAGCAAUUAAGAAGCGGUUGGGGUUGAAUAAGAUGAAACUCAACUUGACAAACAAAGCUAUCGACGAAGAGAAGACGAAGAAGUACGAGGAAGGUAGGUUCGAUUUCCAGGGUGCAGCUGUGUUCAUGGCUCCAAUGGUUCUGUUGCUCAUUAUCAACAUUGUUGCUUUCUUUGGUGGGAUAUGGAGAGUAUUGAAUAAGAAGGAUUUUCAAGAAAUGUUUGGUCAACUUUUCCUAGUCACCUAUAUAAUGGCUCUAAGUUAUCCCAUCCUUCAGGCCAUAGUAACCAUGAAAAGCAAGAGUGGGUAGUGAAAUUUUGUCAUAUAUAAUAAGCUCAUUCAAGACUAUGUUGCACUUGUAUCUUAGAAUCAAAUUGCUUAAUAAUAUCUUUUCACUUUUGGUUCACUCA